AUGACACACAAUCUAGUUAGGUUGUGUCUCGAUCCCCCUCUCACAAAAACCCCUAGCGCAAGAAAGGAAAUUGAUCCCUCCGGUAACGUAAUCAAAUCAAUGAAGGGAAGAAGUGCGAUUCGGGGAUUGGAAUUGAAGAAGAGGAGGAAGAAUGAGACGGAGGUGUGUGGGUUAUGGUGGGUGCCAGAUGAUGUGUUUGUGGACUGCCUGACUCAGUUGUCGAGAUUGGACCUCGUGGCCUUAGCGACGGUCUCCAAGAGGCACCGGGGUGUCGGAGUGGCCCAUGGACUCAGGAUCUUGAGGUCUCGGAGGGGAUGCCUUGACCCAUAUAUGUACGUAUAUAUGCACAUGUAUCCAGAUCCAAGCCCACGGUGGUUCGUCCUCCACCCCGUGCAACGUCGGCUGAAACGGCUCAAUCUGAACCACUCGUAUCCGGCCCCGGUAGCAGGAUCCUGUUUCGUGAAGGAUUAUUGGGGGGUCUAUGUUAUCGGUGGACUCGUGAACGGCAAACCCACAUCGGAAGUCACGUUUUUUAAUUGUACCGAUCACACAGUGUGCCGCCUUACGCCCAUGACGAUGGCUCGAAGCGGAGCAUCGGCAAGCUUGAUAGACAACAAGAAGAUAUACGUGUUUGGAGGGUGCUGGGACUGGGAUGUCGCUGCUGAUUCCUCCAACUGGGCAGAGGUGUAUGAUGUCGAAACCGGAACUUGGGAGUUCCUGUCUGUGGUUACGCCCAAGAUGCCCCUCAAAAUCCAACAAAGUUUGGUGAUGGACGACGAGAAGCAUGUUCACGCGGUGGAUGAGGAUGGUCAAAUCUUUAAUUUCUCAAGCACUGAAUGUAAGUUUGAGGCAGCAGAGGACGGAAGAACGGAGUCUAACCCAAGCAAUUGGCUUUUCGGUGAUCAAGCAUUGUUCUGCCCUGCUACCGGCGGGAGAAUACUGUGGCGUUUUCCAUUUGAGUCGGAUUGGAAGGACGUCAAGGGUUUGGAACAGCUGCAGCAGCAACACUCUGGUUUUCAUAUCAUCAAACUCUCCAUCUCUGGUGUCAGGCUGGCCAUCUUCUGGGAAGCCCGGCCUCAAGGUCCCGAUGGUCAGAUUUUGGAGCUUUGGUAUGCCGAGCUUUCCAUUGCCACACGACGAUAUAUUCGAGCUUUCCGUGGCCAACAUUGA